AAGAGGCUGUGUGGGCUGUGGCCGCGGGAAGUGAAUGGUUUUACCCAGAGGGCCCUGCGCGGCCUUUCUCCGCUGGCACCGGCGCUGCUGCCUUCUCCCCGGCCAUGGCGUUCACGUUCGCGGCCUUCUGCUAUAUGCUGGCGCUGCUGCUCACCGCCGCGCUCAUCUUCUUCGCCAUUUGGCACAUUAUAGCAUUCGAUGAGCUGAAGACUGAUUACAAGAAUCCUAUAGACCAGUGUAAUACCCUGAAUCCUCUUGUCCUCCCGGAAUACCUCAUCCACGCCUUCUUCUGCGUCAUGUUUCUUUGUGCGGCAGAGUGGCUUACGCUGGGUCUCAACAUGCCCCUCUUGGCAUAUCACAUUUGGAGGUAUAUGAGUAGACCAGUGAUGAGUGGACCAGGACUCUAUGAUCCUACAACCAUCAUGAAUGCAGAUAUUCUAGCAUAUUGUCAGAAAGAAGGAUGGUGCAAAUUAGCUUUUUAUCUUCUAGCAUUUUUUUACUACCUAUAUGGCAUGAUCUAUGUUUUGGUGAGCUCUUAGGACAACGCUUAGAAGAAUUGGUCCAGUUAAGUGCAUGCAAAAAGCCACCAACGAAGGGAUUCUAUCCAGCAAGAUCCUGUUUCCAAGAGUAGCCUAUGGAAUCUGAUCAGUUACUUUAAAAAUGACUCCUUAUUUUUUAAAUGUUUCCACAUUUUUUGCUUGUGGAAAGACUGUUUUCAUAUGUUAUACUCGGAUAAAGAAUGUAAACAGAAUCACGUAUAAGUUAAUAUAAAAUGAUACCUCUGGUGUCGACAGGUUUGAACUUGCACUCCUUGAGGAACAGCCGUGACCCCUUGAAUGGCUGCGUUGAUUAUUGACCGUCCUUAGUCGUUGGAAGCUUUCCUUUAUAGGAACUGGUAGGGCUCACUUUGGUUUUAUUGAAAUGCCAUUUAAUUAUAAAUUAGUUGUAGAUAUCAGGUGCUUCUGAUGAACUGAAAAUAUGUAUCUGAUCUGUGGGAAACUUCAUGGGUUUCCUUAUCUAUCAUGUAGGUGAUUAUAUAUGGAUGCAUUAAAGAAACAAGAGUGGGAAUUUUUCCCCUUGGACUUGAAAUACUACCCCUGUAUAUUGCAUGAAUGAGAGAUUUCCCCAUAUUUCCACCAGAAUAAUAUACUUGCUCUAAUUCUUAAGCAUAAGUGAACAUGAUACAAAAAUACACGCUGACUUACUUGUGAAGAAUGCAUUUAAAGCUAUUUUAAAUGUGUUUUAAUUUGUGAGACUUUACUUAUUAAGAAAUUGGUUAGUAAAUGUUUUAAUCUGGUGGUAAAGGUAUUCUUAAGAAUUUGCAAGUACUUUAGAUUUUCAAAACCGAAUGAGAGAGAACAUUGUAUAACCAUCCUGCUGUUCCUUUAGUGCAAUACAAUAAAACUCUGAAAUUAAGACUUAUUUUCAGUGCAUUGUUUUAAAGAUUAUAAAUAGCUAUUUCUUAAACUUGCUUAUUCCAAAUAAAAGACAUAUCACUGUCAGUUUUUUAAGAAGAUAGUAGAGUAUUACUUUUUUGUUUUUUAAUACCAUGCUUGGAUCUAAAAAGGACAAUUUUUAAAUGGUUAAGUACAUUACCGUCUGUUGUCACUUGACAAGAUUCAUAAACACUGAUGGCAUAGCAUCAUCAUUUUUCUUACUAAUUAAAAUUAUUGUGAAACUUAAAAGGUUUAAAGUAUUUUUUUCCUUUUUGAAACAGCAGGGUUUUAAGGUGAAAUGAGUUAUACAUUUGUGUUUGGGUUUUUUUUGCUGCUGCUUGAAAGGCAGGUGAUUUAUGGCUUGCAUGUUUUCCUAAGCAUUCUUGUGGUUUAUUUGAGAGGAGUAAGUUAAGGCAAUUGAAAAUAGUGUAAGUGGUUCAAAGUUUCUUAAAGGAUCAAGGGAGAAAAUCAUAUGUAGAAAUUCCACGUAAUGACCAAGGGGAUUUAUGGAUGUGUUUGUGCAAGUCUUAUUCUAAGUAGCCCUUGAAUUAGAUGCUGUUUUAUGCUCUGCUAGUGAAGAAAUGCUUCCCCACCUUCGGGAGAAGGUUACUAUUUUGAGAUUGGGUAAUAGGGGUAAAUACAUUGAAGAAAAGGAUAUAGAACCAGAGAGUGAGGAGAGUCAAACCAUUUCAUAAUGAGAGACGCUUAAAGACCUUGCAUUUUGUAGUCUGGAGCACACCUCAGGGGAUCUGACUGUUCAUUCGUUCAUGCAGUAAAUUGUUAAUUGAGCCCUAGUUAGGCACUAUAGACUUGUGAUCUGAGUAUAAGCAACCAUUUAGCUUCUAAUCCACCCAGUUGUACCAGCAUGCACUCAUUUUUCUUUCUUGUUCACAAGAACUUUUUAUCAUGAGAGACUUGGCCAAGUCUUCUGUACUUCAGAUGAGUUUUCUGGGGCAGUUACUUUUGUAUUCCCAUCAAAGUAUUUUCAUGAGCCCUUCCUCUUAGCAACCACCACAUUCCUUUGUGAAUUUUAACAAACAUCCUUUUAAUAAUUAUUUCACAGUAUUCUCCAGGAUUAAUGCCAGGUUUAUUGGUUGCAAUUUGUGGAAGCCACCUUCACAUGUUUCAGAAGUUAGAUAUGUAGUCCUUAGCUAAUACGUCAAGGAUGAUUGACAGUCUGUGGUAGGUUGUUAGGUCCUAGGCAUGUAGAUAAUUAGAAUAUUGGGUAACUGGAUGCUCUCAUAAUAUCUGCUCUUUACCUUCACCAGUGUUUUAAGAAAUUAAUUCAUUUACCAAGAAAAAGCAGAAACUAUUUGCAGUUGACAGUAUGCCAGUGGUUCUUUUCUUUGCUCUAAAUUUAAUUUGUUCCCCUGUUAAUCUGGUUUGGGUGGUCCUAGCCAUAUUUCUAUUAUUCCUGCAUGUGCAGCUGAAACAUAGUCUGGGUUCAUAAUCCUUUCCAGCUUUAGUCAAGACUGUACCCUGUGCAGCCACAGCUGUUUAUUUAGGAAUUCAUUCUUCCUUUGUUACAGUUACUUUUGGUGUUGUGUUUUAAGAGCUUUCUAACUCUCUGAAAUCAUUCCUGUAACUUACUGUGGUUUUUAUUUAUAUCAGCAGCUUGCUAUUGGUACUAUAGAUUGCCCUGCAUUAAAAAUAUUAUGUAACAAAUGUAGUCUAUUUAGCAGUUAUUCUAUUGAGUAAUAAUACUGUGUCAUGGCAAUAUGUCCUGUUAGUGCUAAGGAGGUAUAGGGGUAGAUUCUCUAAUGCCUGAAUCUGAAUUUUAUUAUUUGAUAAUUUUCACAAUAUUUAACUGAUACUCCCCACUCCCCAUCCCAGAGUAGAGGAGAGUUGGGUAACAGGCUGCACAUAAACUACUAAUUUGUUUGAAGUUUGAAUUACUUUUCAUGGGAAGAGGGUAGUGACAGGAAAUGACCAGAUAAUCCACUUUUGACAUGUAUCAGAUAGUACUGAAGCAUUUGAGAAGCCUCAUACCAUGAAUGGUCAGACCUAUAGUCAAGUUCAGAUACCCAGGUAAUAGUCUCACACAGAGCAACAGAAUGCAUCACAGUUUGCAGUAUGUGUCUUUUAAAGCCUCUUCAGUAUUUUUGGCUCGAGGACCACUUACGCUAAGUGUUCAUAGAGCUCUCUGCAGAUAACAUAUUUUGAAAAUAUGUAAGAUAAUUGCAUAGAAAGGAAGUCGAGAUGUAGAUAUAGUUUGAAACUAGCAAAUUAUUUUCCUUGCUACAACACUUCUCUUUUCCUCCAAUAUAUAUUUACAGACAGAGUUUAUGGAAUAUUACUGCCAUAGUACAAAGAAUGACUUGUGGAUUUUUUUCUUAUACUCUGCAGGAGGGCCAGCUUUCAUUUUGGGUGUGGCUAUGUCACACAGCAAUGUGAUAAUAUCAAGUCCAUUAAAAUGAUCUCUAUAUAAAAGGACAUAUCUAAUUUACUUACUUAAAGUUCAGUUGGUAAAGAAUCUGCCUGCAAUGCAGGAGACCCGGGUUUGAUCCCAGGGUCAGGAAGAUCCCCUGGAGAAGGAAAUGGCAACCCACUCCAGUACUCUUAAGGACAGAGGAGCCUGGUGGGCUACAGUCCAUGGGAUCACAAAGAGUCGGACACAACUGUGCAACUAACUUUCACUUUCACCACUCAGAAAUGUGGUAAUCACUUGUAUAAUUGUAAAUCAGAAGUUUUGACAGCCAGAAUAUUUGAAACAACACUUCUCAAAGGGGACAGAUAGAAAUACUAAUACCUUGUCUAGCAUUGUUCAUGAAACUAUGAAACUUCAUAGUCAUUGUUUUAGGAAACUAUUAAUGUUAAUCUCAUAAUUUAAGCUCUUUUGCUCAAACCAGGCAUUGAUCUGUUAGCUAAUUAGUAACUAGCUACUUAGUCUCUGGCACUAGUAUUACAGCUCAGCAGAUAGUUCUGAACUAAUGCUGUAGGAUGAUGCCAAGAGAGAAAAUGAGGUUCUCUUUCGGGAUAUGUUGAAUAGCUUUCUUGGAACAAUUUUGCUUUGAUUAAAAUUAAUGGUUUUAAAGCUAAAUGUCUUAAAAAGAGUAAACAACUCUGCUGCUUGUUCUGCUUGGUUUUGGAAAAACAGUAUUAACCAUUAAGGUGAUCUGUGGGAUCGGAGUGAAGGUUUUACCCUACAUUAGUUUUAUUAAUGUAUAUUGUGGAAGAUGUAGAGGACAUCUUGACAUAGAAAAGAAUGAAUAAGUUAACUUAUCGUACAGUGCUUUUCCUAAACAUUUACAUUUGUUUGUUUACAAUGUUCUUGUAUUAUGGAGAAGAAAAAUUUCUUAAAUAAUAAAUUGAUGACUAGGUAGAUCAUAAAACUACUAAGGGAAACACAGAAUGUAGUUAGCUAUCUGUGUUCAUGGUUUGUUAAAAUCUAAGUUAACCUUAACGGUGCUGUACACCAUCCAAAGACAAUGUCCUUAUGUUGUCCUGCCUUCUUUGAGCUUGCUUGAUUUUGCUUUUGUAUACUUAAUAAAAACUGUCUCAAAUGUU